AUGACCGACUUUGUCAGCCUCACCAUCGUCAUCGUGAUCAUCUUCAUGGUCUUCAGAUGGCUCUCUGCAUCUGGAGAAGACCAAGGACCUCGUCAGGGACAGGGCAGAGGCAGGAUCCCAUCACGACCCCCCGCAAGGCUUGUCAACCCAGAGAUGGUUGAAACGGUCAGGGCCAUGUUCCCGCAUAUUCCGACAGCAGCCAUUCACUACGACCUCCAAAAGACUGGCUCCGUGGAGCAGACUUGCGACAACAUCUUGCGGGACGGCACCUUGCCCAUGCCCCCAGCUCCUCGCCCUCAAACCCCUCCCACCGCAGCCACUACUUCAGCAGUACCAUCAGGAUCAUCUACAGGAUCAUCUUCAGGAUCGAGUCAUGCGACCAACGGAAACCUUGUCCAGCGAUUCAAGUUGCAGGAGGCUGCUGAAAAGAACAUUGUUCCCGAUGAGCCCUCCAAGGUCUGGGGUGAUAGUGCAGAGAAGCGUCAGGAAGUCUUUAAGAGCCGCAAGGAGUUUAUGGUUCUCCAGGCCAGGAAACGAUUCUUGGAGGAGGAGGCGCGUAAAGCAAGGGAGGCCGAAGCCAAGACAAAGGAGGCAGAGGGAGCUGCUCAGGAGGUGGAUGCCACAGCAUGA